AGGAAAGGUGAGUGGGAAAUCAAAACUGACUCACUAAAUAUUUAGGGUCACAACUGGUGGCGUUGAUUUUGACUGCUCUCUUAAUGCUAAUCGAAGACCAAGCAAGAGAUAGCAAUGACGGCUUGACGCGUAUACUAAAGGAUAGGAUUGGAAAGGAAAGGAAUGGUGAUUCCAACCAAUAAGAGGUCCAAAUUGCUUUUAGAUCGCGCUCGUUGGUAUAGAUCUCCUAUGAAAAGUUUGGAGUCGUCCUCUUCAAUGUUCGAAAGUAGAACUCGACGUUGUCUUCAUAGUGAGUCUUAUUGUUCUUUUUGUAAGGAAUAUGAAAACCAUGUAUAUGUAGAUGAGGUAGACCGUGAUGUUCCUAUCCCACCAUGGAGUUUUGUCAUACCUAAUGAAGAUGGUGAUGCAAUGACCAUUAAUAUACAAUCAGAUGUAAACAAAGGGAACCUUCAAAUUCCAGACCAUGUAAAAUGUGUUGGGGUGACAAAAGUAAAUGCUUUGCUCACAAUGGUUGUUGGUUUGCAAAAUAUUUUGGUUACAAAGAUCCUUGAAUCUAGAAAUAGGUUAAAUGGUUCAAAUAAUAUUAUCCAUCAACUUCGUCGUCGUCUGCAACUAUGUGAAGCAUCUCAAAUAUCUGAAGACUAUAAUCAAGAUAUCAUUGUUAGUAGCAAUGUAAUCAAUAAAUAGGGAGAUGUGGAGUAGUAAUUUGGUUUACUUUUGUAUUUUUAUAUUGUUGAUCGAAAUAAGUUUGUUUAAUUUCCAAUGUAGCAUUUCAAAUAUUAUUUGGUGCAAGUAUAUG